AAAUAAUUACAUAUAAAAAAACAACAAAUCCGUAAUCAAAAAUUAUAAAUUAGAUACCAAAAAAAAAAAAGUAAAAUGAACAAAAUGUUUGCAGAAAAACAACAAAAUAAUAAUUCAAAUUAGUAAAGAAGCUAAAUAUAAAUUUAUUAAUUUGAUGAGAUUUUAACCUGCCCUUAUUGCCUUUAAUUAAUAAAUGAUCCCCAUCAGCCUCCUUGUGGUCACUCAUUUUGUAAGGUUUGCCUUGUUUAAUAGGAAAGAUGUCCUUGCUGUCUCAUAGUAAUCCCUUUAAAUGAAAACUAAGAAAAAUAGAUAUCCAGAAACUAUAUGCUCAAAGAUUUACUGGAGAAUACUAAGCUAUUUAAAUGUCUUAGCUCUGAUUGUGGCUGGAGUACUUAUGAGUAGAAGCUCCACUAAUAACAUUUGAAUUCUUGUAAGUACAUAAAAUAAAAAAUGGUAAUUAUUGAUGAUGAAAGCAAUCAAAACUAUCCUAAAUUUGGUAUUAAUAUUAAAAGGAUGAAUUAAUUACCUUAAAUUCAGCAAUAACCUUUAUAUUAACCUUAACCAAUGUAUCACUCAAUACCUUAUUAAAACCAAUAAAACAACAUAGAAUAUGCUUAAUAUUAAGACUAGUUUGGUAGAAAUUCUUUUCAGUAAAUAAAUUAAAAAAUGAUAAUUAUUGAUAACGAAUACAAUCAAAGCAAUCCUAAAUUUAAUUUUAAUUACAAUUAAAUGAAUUAAAGAAUUCCUUAAGUACCUUAAAUUCAAUAGCAAUAUUCAUAUUAACCUUAACAAAUACAUCAUCUAAUACCUUAUUAAGAAUUAUAAAACAACUUAGAAUAUGCUUAAUACUAAGACUUUGGUAGAAAUUAUUUUUGA